AAAAUGGUUUAGUAUUGAAUUAAUUGUGUAUGGUUGUUCUAUAUGAAAUCCUUCUUGCACCCACUACUAACCAAGCAACCCACCAACCCACCAGAAAGAACAAGAUUGGGAUAUAUCCACCAGUGACGUCUAUAUAGUACGAUAUAGCCCCGCCAAAAAGCAGUAUAGUCGAUCAUCGCUUCUCUUUGAUGAUUUAAGGUGUCUACGUUCUACGUCUACAAAAAGCAACAUCAUGAAACCGCCAAGACAUGGUGGUAUAGACCCACCAGGCCGCAAAAACAAGGAUCAGGUCCCGGAACAAGCACAAGAACUCAAAAAUAACGAAAUCUAUGCUAUUAAUUUGAGCUAAAUGUACAGAUUGUGUCUGUUGCAUGUGUGGCGUUUCGGCAGAUCGACUGCCGGCACAGUUGUUCUUUUUUCCUGCCGGCACAAGUUGUGCUUAUGGAUUUGCCGAGCGGGCUAUUGUUUCAGGUUGCUUUUUCUGGGGGAGAUGGGCUGGGCUGUUAACCAUCUCGAUAGCCGUCUCGAUUCGGCAGUAGAGUGGGUGGGUGGUAGGGGAGGUGGAAUUUCCCCGUUUGGUACACCACGGGCGGGAGGCGGCAGGAAAGAUGAAAGAGCGACCUGGUUCAUGAUUGAGGAGAAGAAAAUUUCCGAGGUAGCGGACACGGCUUGCAAGUCAUGGAAAGUUUGGAUUCGAGGAUGCUUAGUCUUCACUAAGUGGGUUUGGUCUAGACGAGUAAACGUGUCGUUUCAGGGGGAACGGUUUGGAUGCGCCGUUGAGGAGUGGCGUAAUGGAGGAACGUUCCGUAUAAGAUUGCUAGCUGUUAUGGGAAGGGCGUGGUAAUGGCGCGUUCUGGAAGUUGGGACGAAUGAUACUUGCUCUUGGCAGAUGUGCGGUUGAGUGUUGUGCUAAUCGUUAUGUGAGAGGAGCGGUCAUGAAAAGAUAAGGGAUACGAAGAUAGAAGAAUAUCAUAAUU